CCACCUUACAUCUCCCAGCUGCCCAGCAUUGUUAAGAGUUUCACUUUCACUUUACUACGCUACCUAAAGCUCACCAAUCUAUUAUAUUUUUCGUAACUGGCAAAUACUCCAAACUGCACCGCGCGCCUUCCUAUCAGCGACCACCGCCAUGUCGCAACACCGCUUCAUUAUGGUAACAUUUCCCACUCAAGGCCACCUCAAUCCUUCCCUCCAACUCGCCAAGCGUCUUAUUCACAUCAUCGGUGCACGUGUAACGAUUGUCACGUCCCUCUCCGCCCACCUCCGCAUUGGCAAUAGCAUAAGUACUCCUAGUGGCUUGACCUUCGCCCCCUUUUCCGAUGGAUACGACGAAGGGUUAAGGUUCGCGGACGUAACUCAGGACUACAUGUCCGAGCUAAAGCGUCGCGGCAAGCAAGCGAUCAAGGAUCUUGUAGAGUCUAGUGCAAGCGAGGGCCACCCUUACACCUGCAUAUUGUGCACCUUACUUCUUCCUUGGGUGGCGGAACUGGCACGUGAACUCCACCUCCCAACCGCGCUCCUUUGGAUUCAGCCAGCCACAGUGUUCGAUAUAUACUACUACUACUUCAACGGCUACAAAGAUCUCAUCAACAUCAAUACUACUGCUGCUAAUAGUGACCCUUCCUAUGCAGUAGAAAUACCAGGAUUGCCGCUAGCGCUGAAGAGCCGCGACCUUCCUUCCUUCAUUGUCGCUACGAAUCCGUACAGAGGAGCUCUCCCAUUGUUCGAAGAACAGUUUGAGAAGCUCGGACAAGAAAGCAGGCCAAUCAUACUUGUGAACACGUUCGAUGCACUGGAACCAGAGGCGUUGAAAGCAAUAGACAAGUACAAUUUGAUAGGAAUCGGGCCUUUAAUGCCAUCGGCUUUCUUGGACGGCAAGGAUCCGUCCGAUAAAUCAUUCGGAGGCGAUCUUUUCCAGAAGUCGAAGGACUCAGCUUACCUGGAAUGGCUGAACUCAAAGCCAGACGAGUUUAUCGUCUACGUCGCGUUUGGGAGCGUUGCAGUGCUGUCCAAGAUUCAAAUGGAGGAAAUUGCAAAAGGCUUGUUGAAUUUCGGACGUCCGUUUCUGUGGGUGAUUACAGAAAACCAAAACAGUGGAGAAGGUAAGGAAGAGAAAGAAGACGAGGAGCUGAGUUGCAGAGAGGAACUAGAAGAGCUUGGGAUGAUAGUCCCGUGGUGUAGUCAAGUGGAGGUUCUUUCAAAUCCUUCAUUGGGUUGUUUUGUGACACAUUGUGGCUGGAAUUCAAGCUUGGAGAGUUUGGUUUCUGGGGUACCAGUGGUAGCCUAUCCUCUGUGGACAGACCAAGGCACAAAUGCCAAAAUGAUAGAGGACAUGUGGAAAACAGGGGUGAGGGUAGCACCGAAUGCGGAGGGUGUUGUUGUGGGUGAGGAGCUCAAGAGGUGUCUGGAUUUGGUCAUGGGAAGUGAAGAGUUGAGAAGCAAUGCUAAGAAGUGGAAGGAGUUGGCAAGAGAGGCUGUGAGUGAAGGUGGAUCUUCUGAUAACAAUCUCAGGGCAUUUUUGGAUGACGUUGGCGGUGGCUGUUAUCUAGCCUAAAGCGAUUGAUGCCUAUCUACUGCGAAAAUAAAAUCGAUUGCAUAUGAAAUUGAAUGUAUAUAUAUUGACGUUUGGUCAUAUAUAUUCAUGGACAAUUAUGAGCUUAUGUUUACUUUCCGAGUGAUUAUUUUUAUUGGAUAUAUAGAUUGUCUGGUGCUGUUUGACGAAUUGUAAUAAUCUCAUGUGAUUCUUGUUCACUAUAGUGUUUAUGUAUAUUUCUUGUGACUAUUUCGUUAA